AUGGAGGGCCUCAACAACGGCGACACCGCAUGGAUGGCCAUGUCCUGCGCCUUGGUGCUCUUCAUGACGCCCGGGCUAGCAUUCUUCUACGGCGGACUUGUACGCGACAGCAACAUCGUCAACACUAUGAUGAUGAGCAUCAUCUCCAUGGGGCUCACGACCCUCACUUGGCUGAUCUUCGGCUUCACCUGGUCGUUUGACGAAUGGGGCGCUGGCAAGGGCUUCACCUACGUAGGUUUCCGCAACCUGGACACAGUGUGGCCCGACACCACCAUGCCAGGCAUGACUUUUGCUGUGUUCCAGAUGACAUUUGCCAUCAUUGCAGCGGCGAUCAUUUCCGGCGCAGUGGUGGAGCGCAUCCGCUUCUCUGCCUAUGCCAUCUUCAUUGUUGUGUGGGUGUUGGCAGUAUAUGUCCCGCUGUGCCACUGGAUUUGGGGCGGCGGCUGGAUCGCCGAGAUGGGCGCCAAGGAUUUUGCGGGUGGCACAGUCGUCCACAUCAGCUCCGGCACCUCCGCCUUUGCACUAGCAUCCUUGCUGGGUGAGCGCAAGCACCGCGCUGAGUCCUUCCCUUCGAACCUUCCCUUCGUCAUCCUUGGAGGAGGCAUCCUGUGGCUCGGCUGGACCGGCUUCAACGGCGGAUCCGCCUUCGCCGCGAACGGUGACUGCGCGCUGGCUAUCGCAACGACCUACGUCGCAGCCGCUGCGGCGAUGGUCAUGUGGGUCACGGUCGAGCGGAUCCUGGAUGGAGCCCCCACGUCCAUCGGUGCCAUGUCAGGUGCAGUCGCCGGACUU